AUUUUUUAAUUAAUUAAGAUAGAACAAUAUUUAAAUUUUAUUUUGUUCUAAGUUGAAUGUGAUUGUAACUAAAUAAGUGUUUAGUAUCUGUCACAGAAUCUAACCUAUAAGUUGUCAAAACAAACAAAUUUAUUUGCUUCAAUUGAUUAUUGUUAGAUUAUUUUAAAAUAUAUUUAAAAUGUCACAAGUUUAUGACAAUUAUUACAAUGACUAUCAUAAGAAUACUGAAAUGCAACAAAAUUUGAAGUACAAAAAGAAAUAUAGAAAAUUAAAAAGAAUAGUGAAGGAUACAGUUUUUGAAAAUGCAGCGUUAUGUGAUCAAGUGGCACAAAUGCAGGAGAAUCUAAUGCUUAUGAGAGAAGAGAAACUUUUUCUCCUACGCAAAUUAAAUCAACAACAUGGAGAAACAGACCCAGGUACAAUGAUGGCACGAUCUCAAUCAAAUAACCUUAAUUGCCCUUCUUUCAAUUCAGAAUGUUCUUCUACACCUAAGAAGACGGUAAAGAAGAGAAUCUCAAUGGAUGCAUCGGAAACUAAAGUCAAGCCUAAACGAUAUAAUAAAACAGCAAGAAGAAUGGUUAAUUUAAUACCUUUAGAUAUAAACGGAAGGCCUAUAUUUCCUAUUUCGUUAGGCGAUCUGACAGUAUAUUCUCUCGGUGAGAUUGUUACGGAUAGAAUUGCAUAUCAUACGGAAGAUCUUAUUUUUCCAGUUGGAUAUUGUAGUACAAGAAUAUAUGCUAGUUUACGUGAUGUAAGAGCAAAAAGUUUAUACACUUGCAAGAUUUUGGAUGGAGGAUUAAAACCUAGAUUUGAAAUAGUCUCCGACAAUGAUCUUGACCAAGCAUUAGUGGGAUCUACUCCGGAUGAAUGUCAUUCGAGAUUAUUAAUAGCCAUUAAUCCUGCCCUUCGUUCUAUAACACCAAGAGGUGCUGAUUUCUUUGGUGUUUCUCAUCCUACUAUUCAAAACCUUAUACAAAGUUCUCCAGGAACUCGUAAACUUAUAACAUAUAAACAACAACGUUUUGAAGUAGGUAAAAAUCAUGUUAUGGAAAGAGGUACUAGUCCUAUGAUAGAAGAAGAGGUAGAUCCAGGAUUAGGAUUCUCAGCUCUUCAUAAACAUUACGCACUAUCAAAUUCUUACAGAAUUAAAGAAGAACCUUCGGAACACGAACUUUUAGCUUUACAAGAUUUACUUUCAUGAGAUUCACUCUCAUUCUAAAAUAAAACUAAUUCAUUAUAAUUAUUCUUUUGAUAAUCAGGUAUAUUUUUAUUUACAUUCAAA